UCAAUUUACACAUCGGUUCCAAAUUCUCUUUCACGUUACAGAAAAGGAAGUGACCCCUCGGAAGAUCGCGUUGGAUCCGAAAAUGGGGUGCGCGGUUUCCAGACGUAGAACGGACCAGUUCCAAGAACGAGAUCCGUUCCCAGUUCGGUGCAGAUAAUUCGUUGAGAACCUACCUUCACGUAUCAAGAAAAGGAAACGGGAAAAAACGCAAAAGGGUUGGCAGAUCUUUUGGCCUUUUUCUCUCGACUUUCCCGUAUGACGCGGGACCAUCAUUGUUUCUCUUCUUCCCCGCAAGAAAAAGGAGCUCCAAGGGGGACUUGCACAGUCAAAAGUGGAAAUUAUCUCCCCCCAUCUCAGCCUUUCUUGUUUUUUGGUUUCGCAACAAGGAAAUAAUCGUUUUUUUGGGUCCUCCAGAUCACUGUCCUUUUCUUGUUUUUUGUCACGCUGCGUUGAGUGGGAAAAGGGUCAUGGUGAUCAAGAACUGAGGACCCUGCUGUCAAACUGGAGUUUGCUGAUGGCGUGCAUGAAGCUGGGAUCGAAGUCUGAAGUGUUUCACCUCGAUGGCAAUACCUGGGUUAGCUCAACCGGGCUUCCAAGUGAUGUCACCGUUGAAGUCGGAGAUAUGUACUUCCAUCUACACAAGUUUCCGUUGCUGUCUAGAAGUGGGGUACUAGAAAGCCUCAUAGGAGAAGCUUCAGGUAAGGAUGAGCAAAACUGCACAUUGCAACUUCAUGACGUUCCUGGUGGCACCAAUGCUUUUCUUCUCGUGGCCAAGUUCUGUUAUGGUGUCAAAAUCGAGCUCACUGCAGCAAAUGUUGUAAGCGUCCGAUGUGCAGCCGAGCAUCUCCAAAUGACUGAAGACUACGGAGAGGAAAAUCUCAUCAUGCAGACAGAAAAGUUCCUGAAUGAGAUCUUUGGCAACUGGACCGACUCAAUCAAGGCUCUCGAGACCUGUGAAGAGGUUCUACCUCGCGCAGAAGAGAUCCAUAUCGUAUCGAGAUGCAUCACUUCCUUGGCAAUGAAAGCUUGUGCGGACCUUAGUCUGUUUAGUUGGCCUGUAUCAGGAGAUAGUGAUGUGAAGAGUCCAAUAGGUACCAUAUUUUGGAAUGGAAUCCGCACGGCUUCCAAAUCACGCACCUUAAAUGAGGACUGGUGGUACGAGGAUGUCUCCUACCUGAGAUUGCCAUUAUAUAAACGGUUAAUCACUGCUAUCGGAUUAAGAGGCAUGAAGCCCGAGAAAGUUGCUGGGUCGAUAAUGCAUUAUACAAAGAGGCAUCUCCCAUUGAUGGGCAGGCAUUCAAGCUUCGAUGGUGGCGAGUUCCCUGCAUCGGGGUCAACCAUUUCUUCCUUAUCUGAUGAUGAUCAACGAAAUCUUCUUGAAGAGAUAGUGGAGUUACUCCCAGAUCAGAAGGGCGUGACUCCCACUACAUUCUUUCUCAGGCUUCUUCGAACAUCCAUGAUCUUACAGGCCAGUCCGAUGUGUAAAGAGAAGCUAGAGAAGUGCGUCGGGUCGCAGUUGGAUCAAGCUGUGCUCGAGGACCUCCUUAUUCCCAAUGUGAGCCAUUCGAUGGAGACUCUUUACGAUAUCGAGUGCAUUCAACGGAUUCUUGAUCAUUUCAUGGUGGUAGACCGCGCUACAUCUGAUCCCAUCUCAAGCUGUGUACCAGACGAGGGGCAACUGAUGGGAGGUGCUCACUCUCUGACUCCGAUGACAAUGGUGGCCAACUUGGUGGAUGGGUAUCUUGCGGAGGUGGGAACAGAUGUUAACUUGAAGCUGCCAAAAUUUGAGGCACUUGCUGCAGUUAUCCCUGAUUAUGCCAGGCCGCUAGAUGACGGUAUAUACCGCGCAAUUGACAUAUAUCUCAAGGCCCACCCCUGGCUCACAGAUUCUGAGCGAGAACAGAUAUGCAGGCUCAUGAAUUGCCAGAAGCUCUCCAUGGACGCCUGCACUCAUGCUGCGCAGAAUGAAAGGCUUCCUCUCCGAGUAAUUGUCCAAGUCCUGUUCUUUGAGCAACUACGCCUCCGAACAUCUAUUUCCGGAUGGUUCUUCGUGUCUGACAAUCUCGAGAGCUCACAAAACCUGAGCACGAAUGUCGCACUAGCCCGAACAAACGGGCCAGGUCAAGGAAGCAAUUUACAGAACCAAAUUGUCGCAUUCGACGAGAUGAAGGAGCGUGUGUAUGAGCUCGAGAAAGAGUGCUUGAACAUGAAAGAAGAGCUUCAAAAGGUGCUGAGGCAUAAAAGGGGUUGGAACGUUUUCUUCAAGAGACUUGGUUUCGGAUUUAGGUCGAAGACUAGCGACCCAAAAGACACCAAACCACCGCAGGAUGCAAGGGACUCAGCAGCACCACCAAAAGAUCCGCUGGAGAACGGAAGGACGAACCACAAUAAUGGCGAAUUAGGAGAUUCGAAAUGAACUGCUGAAGAGAUGUUCAGUGUCUAAAUAAUGGUUGUCCAUUGAUCUUUUAGCAUUAGCUAGUAAUGACUUGUGGAUCCUGGUGUACUCUCCUUCUUCAGGCAGAUUAUAGACAUUUCUUCUCUAGUUUGAUGCAUGAUCCUACUAUUCUGCAAUGGAAAAAUCAGAUUCUUAAGGCCAGUUUUAAGUCAAUGUUGAUUGAUCUGCUUCAUUCCAUCCAUCAGGACUAAUGUUAUUUCAAAAUUAUAUCAAA